CGUAAGAGGAAAAAAAAGGUGGCGUAGAAGAAAUUGGCCAUGUCUGCAUACCACGUUGUUCCUCCAAAUCUGAUUCUCACUCCGAAGCUCUACCUAUAUCUUCGAGAGUAUUUACACCUUCGAUCAGCAGCAGCUUUUAAUCUGCAUCCAAAUCCAGCUCCACCACUCACUGAUUUACAGUCGUCCACGCCAAACAACAAUCAAGACCCCUAUCAUGUCAUCACAACAAGUCAAGACCAGGCCACAACAGCCAGCCAGGGCGCCUUCCUCAUCAGACACGCCCAGGGAACACCGGAAAUGGGCUCUGGAUCGGAAAACCGGAAAAGAGCACGUCAUGUUCUCAGCGUUCGUCGCUCGAUUCGGAUUCUACGACAGGACAGACGCCCAUCGCGCGUACAGUAACCUGCUCGACUGUGGCAAAAUCAAUAAACAACGUUUGAGAAGAAUACGAUCGGACUAUGAGUAUUUCAAAAGCAACAUCGAGGACUUAUUUUGGUCCAGACGACUCAAGGAUAAGAGCACUGAGAUUGUUGUCAGUAAAGGUGCAGGAGGCAGGUCUCAAGCAGGUGGAUUCGAACAUUGAGCGACAUAUAGACAUUCGACUAAAGAAACCUAAGACCAAUGGUCGGCACAGAGAUGAAGCGACAGCGACCGAAGUCUCUGAGGGCGACAUGAAGAGCAUGAUCAGUCAGAAGGGCGUUACUUUUGUCGAAUGUGAUGAACUGGAUGAGUUUGAGGAACCUGAGGUGACUAAGGAUGCUGACUGGUCUGCGGAUGCAGUGGGCCUUGCGGAAGAAGAGGGCUUUCAGGAUGCUGAACCAUUCACGGAUACUGAGGGUGCUGAGGGCGAUGAGAUGACUCAGUUUGGAUCGUAUACUAAGGAUGCUGUAGACUCUGAAGGCCACGUCAUGAAUGACGAGCUCAUUGAUGAUAGAGAGGAACUGCAGGAGAUUGAGGAGGUCAUUGCCUCAGGGCAGUCCCCAUUUCUGCCCUUGCUGGAGUAUGUGUACAGAAAAGUGCAAGGCCAAGAUACAGAGUUACCACCAGUCCCCUCCAGCUUUAUCUGCCAAGAAUACAAGGAGCUUUACCUGUAUGCCCACAACAAGCUAAUGUCAAGAGAACAGAACAAAGGCAAGGGCAAGGGCAAGGACAGAAGUCGGGCGUACCGUGUGGAUAAAGAAGUUUUGUAAGUUGAAAAAGCAGUCGUAAAUGAGCGUCCAGGAUUCAGCAUCUAGAUCUAACCAUGGCUUGUUGGCUUUCGCUGGGCGAUAGGGUGGCCUUAAGCGGAAUUGUAA